CCGCAUCGUUAAUUAGUUCUGAGUAAAGAAGCAACACAAGCAUCAUGCAGUCCACAACCUUCCUGAUGGCCAUCCUGGUGGUGGCUUUGCUCAUGCUAUUGAGCGCCCCAGCCACUGAGGCCACCUUCUUGCUCAUCGCCUGCAUGCUGAGGUCGCCACUGUGCCCAUGGGUCACCGCAGCCAGCUCUAGCACAACCUAGGACAACAUUGACAACUCGCAUGAAGGCUCGAUAACAGACAUCCUUGGAAUGAAAUCUAUUGGAACAGACGCACUUGGAAAACGCAUAUAUAAUAAAUGAAAAGUUGUUUUUUGUUGCAUUGAA